GAUCCCAUCCCUUUUCCCAUCUUCUAUGUCAAAAAGAUUCAUAAAGAUUGGAUUUUUAUUGAUAUUUUAGGUGAAUACACUAAAACCUACAACAUAUACAAUACUUCAUCCAUGGCUACUGACCACUCUGAUGAUUUAGACCAACUCCUUGACAGUGCUUUGGAUGAUUUUCAGAGCCUCAAUCUAGCUUCUGGUUCUCAAAGAAUUGGGGAUGGGGAGGACAAGAAAGAUAGUUCUCUUAUGCCUGGUAAGGUUCAAGGAUUAGGGAUGACGUUGCCCGAUAGGAAUGCUAAGAAAAAGGGGAAGCAAAAGGCUUCUGCUGAGUCAAAAGAUUCGCACGUAGCUGAAGCUCUUGAUAAGCUUAGGGAGCAGACUAGGGAGGCUGUUAAAGGAUUGGAAUCAGUGGCCGGGCCGAGACCUGGUGUAGAUAACUUGGGGAAUGAUGCAAUGAUGGAGGAGUGGGUUAAGCAGUUUGAGGAGCUUUCUGGAUCUCAGGACAUGGAGUCGAUAGUAGAGACCAUGAUGCAACAGCUUUUGUCAAAGGAAAUCCUUCAUGAACCCAUGAAAGAAAUUGAAGAGAGAUAUCCUAAAUGGUUGGAGGACAACAAAGCUAAGUUGAGCACGGAAGAUUAUGAACGUUACAGACACCAGUAUGAACUUAUAAGAGAUCUGAACAAAGUUUACGAGACUGAACCUAGCAACUUCAACAAAAUUGUAGAGCUUAUGCAGAAAAUGCAAGAAUGUGGCCAACCGCCAAAUGAUAUUGUUCAUGAGCUUGCUCCAGACUUUGAUAUAUCAUCUCUUGGACAACUAUCCCCAGAGAUGUUGGAGGGCCAACAGAACUGCUGUGUUAUGUGAAAACUGAAAUGUCCCCGUUCGAAUGUCCUGCUUGUUUUCUUUGUCACCAUUGUCACAGUUUGCAUAGAACAUUUGUUUUGCCCCGGAUUCUAUUUGUAAUCUUAUUGCUGUUAAUUAUCUCGGUGCCUUAUUUCCUUUUC